CUAAUACAGUCUGUCGUGUUUAACUUGUUGUGUAUUUGGAUGGUGCUGCCUGCCGGUUUGGCACACUGCCUUUGGUUCUUCCAUCCCUCACUUCUCCAUCACACAUUCUCGAACCUCUUCUUUUUCUUCUAUGGCUUCCAUCUUUGAAUCUGGUUGGCAGUACUUAAUCACACAUUUUAGUGAUUUUCAAUUGGCAUGCUUGGGAAGUUUCUUUCUACAUGAAAGUGUUUUCUUCUUAUCUGGACUUCCUUUUGUAUGGAUCGAGAGGGCAGGUUGGUUGAGCAAGUACAAGAUUCAGGCGAAAAAUAAUAGCCCUGAAGCUCAGGAUAAAUGUAUUGUUCGCCUGUUGCUAUAUCAUUUCGGUGUCAAUCUACCUGUUAUGAUUUUUUCAUAUCCCGUCUUCAGAUACAUGGGAAUGCAGAGUAGUCUUCCCCUACCGUCCUGGAAUAUAAUUCUAACUCAAAUAAUGUUUUAUUUCAUUUUGGAGGACUUCAUAUUCUAUUGGGGACACAGGAUUUUGCACACAAAAUGGUUAUACAAGCAUAUCCACAGUGUACAUCACGAGUAUGCGACACCAUUUGGACUUACUUCGGAAUAUGCUCAUCCUGCCGAAAUACUUUUCCUUGGGUUUGCAACCAUUGUUGGCCCUGCCAUCACUGGGCCCCACUUGAUAACUUUGUGGUUAUGGAUGGUUGUGAGAGUCUUAGAGACAGUUGAGGCACAUUGCGGUUACCAUUUUCCGUGGAGUCCCUCAAACUUCCUUCCCUUAUAUGGCGGAUCUGAUUUCCACGAUUAUCAUCAUCGUUUGUUGUACACUAAGUCCGGAAACUAUUCAUCAACGUUCACUUACAUGGACCGGAUAUUUGGAACUGAUGUAGGAUACAGAAAGUUAAAAGCAUUGAAGAGCAGAGAAUUUGAAGACAGUUACGAGCAAAAGAAACAAUAAGAAUAAAUUCUUGGUAACAUCUAGAAUGGUUAGAAAGUGGAUUCCCAACUUAGGGUAUAUUUGAAAAAUUUAUUUCUUAUCAACACAUUGUGUGUUUUUUUGCUGUAUCUGGUGUUGUUGACAAAGUGAGUGUUGAUUGUUUCUAUGUACAUUCAUGCUUGUUAUUCAUAAAACGUUUAGUCAGUGCUUCAAUUUUGGAUGCCUCUACAUGUCAUGAUGACUGUUAUUUAUUUGAUAUAAACCUACUUUGACAUUAUAAUUUGGAUAAA